AUGAAAGAAAUUAUUAGUUCUGGAAAGCUUGGCAAGAUCUUGUCUACACAUCUGUAUGCGGGAGGUAAUGCUUGGGGUGCUGCAAUUAAUGAGGGCAAUGCAUAUCUUGCUGAUAUUGAAAAUGGAGCGAAUAUGAUUACUAUACUUGGCGGACAUUUAUUAGAUGCUAUGUGCUAUGUCUUGGGAGAAUUCGAAUCACUUACUGCAACGACUCAUAAUUCAAGAAAGACUAUCGAAAUUCGAGAUGAAAAAGGAGACAAAAUUCGUGAUGUACCACUCACAUCUCAUGAUCAGAUGAGUGUCAGCGGAGUAUUAACUUCCGGUGCAUAUGCAUCAGUUCACUUACGCGGUGGAUCAUAUAAAGGUAUGGAUCUAUUAUGGGAAGUGGAGGGUACUCACGGCGAAUUACAAGUUCGAGGGUCAAAUGGACAUUUGCAAAUGUCUUUCCCGACGCUUUAUGCAAGUUUCAAUGGCGAAGAUAUGAUAGAAAUUGCACUACACGAUGAACAAGCUACUCAUGUCAAUGUUGGAAGGGCAUACGACGAGUUCGCCAAGAAAGAUGGUUUGUACCCUACUUGGGAAGAUGCUGUUGUUCGGCAUAGAAUGAUAGAAGCAAUUUAUAAGAGUGCACAAACUGGCACAAAGCAGACAUAUAAAACAACGUAUUAA